GGAGUGGCAGCCGGAGUCUGAGCUGUCCUGGGGGACCAAGUGGGAGCUUAAGAUGGGCAAGACCUGGGGCCCUGGGUAGACGCAUCAAAGCAGGCAGAAGCAGGCAUGGCCAGCAGGAAGACCAAGAAGAAGGAAGGGGGUGCCCUCCGGGCCCAGAGAGCCUCAUCCAAUGUCUUCUCCAACUUUGAGCAGACUCAGAUCCAGGAGUUCAAGGAGGCAUUUACACUCAUGGAUCAGAACCGAGACGGCUUCAUCGACAAGGAGGACCUGAAGGACACCUACGCCUCCCUGGGCAAGACCAAUGUCAAGGACGAUGAGCUGGACGCCAUGCUCAAAGAGGCCUCGGGGCCCAUCAACUUCACCAUGUUUCUGAACAUGUUUGGGGAGAAGCUGAGUGGUACCGAUGCCGAGGAGACCAUUCUAAACGCCUUCAAGAUGCUGGACCCAGACGGGAAAGGGAAAAUCAACAAGGAGUACAUCAAGCGUCUGCUGAUGUCCCAGGCUGACAAGAUGACAGCGGAUGAGGUCUGGCCCGCGGCUCCCCUGCCAAGCCCACGAGGGGAGGGCGGGGCUCCCGGGGUCAGCUGGGUGGAGGCGCUCGCGGAGCCCAAGGGGCUGCAGCGCCGCGGUUAG